AUUUAGGAGAGAAAUUCGUACAGCCGUUACCCUUACGAUCAGCUCAGCCGACCCAAAAGGCAAAAACCCAUCCAAAACCCAUUUCCCUCUCGUUCUCUUUACGGCGUGCGCGUGCAUUGCAAUUUGCAUUUGCAGGCUUUGCUCUCUCGUUUCUCAUCAGUCAUCACAGUUUCAUCAAAUUGUCCACUGAUAAUCUGGCGAAGACUACAUUGUAAUGAACUGCUUGUUGCGUGUUUCUUCGUACACUGCGGCUAUAUUUCGAAGGGCAAGCCAUAUCGUUUCGACAAGUGCUUCUCAUCAAUGUUCUACUGCCUUGUGGAAAAGAAGCUUUGAGCAAACUGAUCUUAAGAUAGUCAAUUUGGAAUCUGUUUUGCCUAGAUUUCGUAUUCAGUGCUACUCCUCGAAAAAAGGUAGUGUAAAAGGUUCGCGUAAGAAGAAAUUGGAUCCUGAGCCAGGAGUUAUGGAGCAAGAGAAAGAAAAAGAUGCUUUCUUUGUCGUGCGGAAAGGCGACAUCGUUGGCGUUUAUAAGACUUUUAAUGAUUGCCAGGCUCAAAUUGGAUCAUCGGUAUGCGAUCCCCCUAUCAGUGUCUAUAAAGGGUAUGCUUUACCUAAGGACACUGAAGAGUAUCUCAUUUCUCGUGGGCUCCAGAAUGCUUUGUACACUAUCAGAGCUGCCGAUUUGAAAGAGGACCUUUUUGGGACGCUUUUACCUUGUCGUUUUGAGCAACCCAUUUCUUCCAAAGGAGACUCAAAUAUGCAAGUUGCAACAACAAAAAAGAGACCACAGAAAUUGGUGGGAUUGCAAGCUGUGGAAACAGACAGAUCCACAUCUAGUUUAACUGAUCCCUUGAGAAAGCACAUCAAAUUGGAUAAUCAAAGUGAGGCUCAGCAGUCCUGUAUUCUCGAGUUUGAUGGUGCUUCAAGAGGCAAUCCUGGACCAGCCGGGGCAGGAGCUUUAUUGCGGACUGCUGAUGGAAAUGUGAUCUGCAGAUUGCGAGAAGGAUUGGGUACAACUACGUGUAAUGUGGCUGAAUAUAGAGCUGUGAUUUUAGGAUUGAAAUAUGCUCUUAAAAACGGCUAUACAAAAAUCCGCAUUCAAGGUGACUCCAAACUUGUCUGUUCCCAGGUUCAGGGUCUAUGGAAGGUCAAACAUCAAGAUAUGACCAAGCUGUAUGAGCAGGUCAAAAAGCUCAAGGACCAGUUUAUUUCUUUUGAGAUCAGCCAUGUCCUAAGGGAAUUUAACUCUGAAGCUGAUGCUCAAGCCAAUUUGGCCAUCACUCUUGCUGGUGAGGUUGCCUAUACUGCGGCUGCUGUUGCUGACGUUGUUCCGGAAGCAGAGGAUCUGCUCUACCCAGAUGUAUCUAUUUCUUCCACCGUGAAACCGGUUACAGCACCCACUCUCCUUCAGCCACGCGUCGUCGUCUACGAUGGGGUCUGCCAUCUCUGCCACCGAGGCGUGAAGUGGGUGAUUAAAGCAGACAAAUAUAGGAAGAUCAAGUUUUGUUGCCUCCAAUCAAAGGCUGCUGAGCCAUAUUUGAGACUGUGUGGUCUUGACAGAGAGGAUGUUCUUCGUCGCUUUCUGUUCAUUGAAGGCCUUGGUCAAUACCACCAAGCAUCCACUGCUGCAUUGAGAGUCCUUGCAUAUUUGCCUCUGCCAUAUUCUGCUUUAAGCACACUCUUGAUAGUUCCAACUCCACUCAGAGAUGCUGUGUAUGACCACAUUGCUCGACGACGCUAUGAUUGGUUUGGAAAAGCUGAGGAUUGCUUGGUUUUGAAAGAUAAAGAGUUGCUUGAGCGGUUCAUAGACAGGGAUGAGAUGAUAGAUAAGAGAAGAUCAGAUAAGUAAAUUUCAAUCUAACUACAUUUUUCCAUUAAGAUGUUUUGUUGAUGUAACAUCAGGGGAAGUAUUAAAAUGUGAAGGCAUAGCAUUUUGUUAUUAAAUGGAAAUGAAGCUUUACAUUUAAUUUUCCUUUUCACAACUGCGAGAAGCUGAAAUGAAAUAGAGGCUUAACACUUGUGAAGAUACAUAGAGACUUGUGAAACUGAACCAAUGAAAAUACAAUGUUAUCUACAGUUAAAGAA